CCUACAAGAAACUUCUCAGUACUGCAUCCAAGUUUCUUUUCUUUCUUUUUCUCUUUUCACAAAAUAUAUCUUGCGGUUCACAGUCCGACACUUUCCCCGCUGCCGGUGUGGAUGCGGGAGAACUUCCGGGAUAUCCCGCUGCUAGAUGAAUUAGGAUACGUAUUGUCACGGAAUAGAGUUCUGAAGCAUAAUAGCCCCCCCAAACUCGUCUCCCCAUGGGAACUAAUAACAUUCUUCAUAGUAAAAGCGUUUUGGUCAGCAAAAGACUGUAUAGAGGCCUGCAGAAAUGCCCAACAAGACUGAAAUUCGGACCUACCCGGCGGUUUCGAAAAUUCCACUCAGUGGUGCCUUUGUUGUCAAGGCUCGUCCGACUGGAACAGAUGAUGACUGGGCGGAUGUGGUUUCGUAUAGUGUGGAUGUGGCAGACGUGAACACGACGCGCAACCAGUUCAACAAAUACCCCAUCGCAGUAGCGUCUAUCGAUGUUGCGGGACCCGUUACGUUCAAAGUCAAAUACACAAAAGCAUCGGUCAUUACAGCACUAGUUCGGCCAGUAUCACUCAAUAUUGAAACCUCUCUCGCGUCUGAGAAUACAAUAACCUUCACUCUCGAGAAGCCUGUGGAUAUUAUGCUUGAGAUCAACGGCGACAAGUGGAAAGCGCUACAUAUGCUCGUUAACGAAAUCGAUACUGAUUCUCCCAACAAAGAUUCCGAGAUCCUCUGGUACUUUGGACCUGGUCUUAACAACGGCCCCGCCUAUUCCAACGUGGUCGAUGGCAACCUGUUCGUUCCCUCUGGUACAACCGUCUAUAUCGCCGGCGGAGCAUUUCUGGAGGUAAAGUUAAAUUUCAUCGGUGUUUCAAAUGCCAGUGUUAAAGGCCAUGGCUUUAUAUGGAAUGGACCUAAUGGUGGUGCCAUCUUGAUUGAAAGGUCGACAAAUACGCUUGUGCAAGGAGUGACUUCUUUGGGUGCGACAGGUUUCAGCCUGACGACAGGAGAGGCAAAGGGCGUGCAUAUCAAGAAUUAUCGUUCAUUCUCCUCGUUUGGAAAUGGCGACGGUGUUGACUUCUUCUGCUCCCAGGACGUGUUGGUAGAGGACUGCUUCCUGCGUAACUCGGACGAUACCGUCGCCAUUUAUGGCCAUCGUUGGGAUUAUUUUGGCGAUACCAAGAACAUCACAAUCCGAAACUGCACUCUACUGCCCGACAUCGCUCACCCCGUGCAAAUAGGCACACAUGGAAACCCUGCCAAGCCUGAGAGAUUUAGCAACAUCCGCAUCGAAAACAUCGACGUCCUCGACCAUUAUGAGAAUCAGAUGUGGUACCAAGGCUGCAUAUCGAUCAACGCUGCGGAUGAGAAUUUGAUUGAAGACGUAAUAAUUGAAAAUAUCAGAAUCGAGAAAAUCAGCAAGGGACAACUCGUCAAUAUCCGCACCAUGCAAAAUGCAAUGUGGACGACAGCACCGGGGCUAGGAGUGCGAAACAUCACGAUCAAAAACGUGGAGCUGAAUAUGAAGAAUUCAAAGGUUGUGAAUCCAUCGCAAAUUUUAGGAUAUGAUGCCUCUAGAAAGGUUCAAAAUGUGACGUUCGUCAAUCUCAAGGUGAACGGAGACCUGAUUCACGAUGAUAUGCAAAAGCCACGAUGGUACAUGGUCUCUGAUUUCGUUCCAAUGUUCAUCAAUGAGCAUACUGAAAAUAUCAGGUUCGUCUUGGAAAAUUAGUUGAGUUAUUGAAAGGACGUGUGACGGCCGCAGCAGAUAAGCGGUCAGAGUUUAAGCACAGUUGAAAAUUU